UUCCCGCAAGAGGCCCCUCGAAACGCCCCCCGAGGUGGUCUGCACCAAGCGCAGCAACACGGGAGAGGAAGGCGAAUACUUUCUGAAGGUGCUGAUCCCCAGCUACGCCGCGGGCUCCAUCAUUGGCAAGGGUGGGCAGACCAUCGUGCAGCUGCAGAAGGAGACUGGAGCCACCAUCAAGCUCUCUAAGUCCAAAGACUUCUAUCCCGGAACCACAGAGCGGGUAUGUCUAGUACAGGGCACAGCAGAGGCCUUGAAUGCUGUGCACAGCUUUAUUGCUGAGAAGGUCCGAGAAAUUCCACAAGCGAUGACCAAGCCUGAGGUGGUCAACAUCCUUCAACCCCAAACCACGAUGAACCCUGACAGAGCCAAGCAGGCCAAGCUGAUCGUGCCCAACAGCACAGCGGGCCUGAUCAUCGGCAAGGGGGGCGCCACGGUGAAGGCGGUGAUGGAACAGUCAGGUGCGUGGGUGCAGCUGUCCCAGAAGCCCGAGGGCAUCAAUCUUCAGGAGCGCGUGGUGACCGUCAGCGGUGAACCUGAGCAGGUGCACAAGGCCGUGAGCGCCAUCGUGCAGAAGGUACAGGAAGAUCCCCAGAGCAGCAGCUGCCUCAACAUCAGCUAUGCCAACGUGGCAGGCCCCGUGGCCAACUCCAACCCCACCGGUUCGCCGUACGCCAGCCCCGCCGACGUGUUGCCCGCUGCAGCCGCCGCCUCAGCCGCCGCCGCCUCCGGCCUGCUGGGUCCCGCGGGCUUGGCGGGCGUGGGAGCCUUCCCCGCCGCCCUGCCUGCCUUCUCCGGCACCGACCUGCUGGCCAUCAGCACGGCGCUUAACACGCUGGCCAGUUACGGCUACAACACCAACUCCCUGGGCCUGGGCCUCAACUCGGCCGCAGCCUCCGGCGUUCUGGCCGCUGUGGCCGCCGGGGCCAACCCUGCCGCCGCCGCCGCGGCCAACCUCCUGGCCUCCUAUGCGGGCGAAGCUGGGGCCGGGCCAGCCGGAGGGGCCGCCCCGCCGCCUCCUCCGCCACCCGGAGCCUUAGGGUCUUUUGCAUUGGCUGCAGCCGCCAACGGCUACCUCGGGGCCGGGGCGGGCGGAGGGGCGGGCGGAGGGGGUGGCCCGCUGGUGGCUGCAGCAGCCGCGGCAGGGGCGGCUGGGGGCUUCUUGACGGCAGAGAAAUUGGCAGCUGAGAGUGCCAAGGAGCUAGUGGAGAUUGCGGUGCCUGAGAACCUGGUGGGAGCCAUCCUGGGCAAGGGGGGCAAGACGUUGGUGGAGUACCAGGAGCUGACAGGCGCCCGCAUCCAAAUCUCCAAGAAGGGCGAGUUCUUGCCAGGCACGCGGAACCGGCGGGUCACCAUCACGGGCAGCCCCGCGGCCACGCAAGCCGCUCAAUACCUCAUCAGCCAGCGGGUCACCUACGAGCAGGGAGUGAGGGCCUCAAACCCGCAGAAAGUGGGAUGAGGCCUGUGGCGUGUGCUCCCACCUUCUCCCUCUUCUUCCUCCCACCUCCUCCUCCCUCCCCUCCUGCCCCCCAACUCUUGACCUCAGCUUGGUGUUGUCCUGCUGCUCUUGGGAUGGGGCUGGGGUAGGCCUGACUGCACCCUCCCCUCUUGGUAGUCAUAGGCAGGAUUGAGUGAUGGUUGAGGAUGGGGCUCAGAAGCCCCCUCCCCAGCCCUGAACUGACCCCUCUUCCUUGCUCCCUGUGCUUGGCUGGGCCUGACCCUCCUCCCCCAGGGCCCAGGUCUGUGUGAUAUCUGUAUAUAUUGCAUUUUGUUGAUUUUAAUAGAAAACAAAGCGUUAUUUUCUCUUUCUUUCCCUCCUUUUUUUUUUUCCUAAGGAUUUUUCCCCUCUUCAUAAGUUUUUGUUUCAUAUGGGAGGAGGGGAGGGAGCCUCAGGGUCACCUGGAAAGAGGGUCCUUCCCAAAACACAACACCCCACCUCUCUGCUUUCAUUUCCAAAUCUGAGGGAAGCUGUGGGAGUGGAGGUAGCCAAGGAGUCUGAACUGAAAUGGGGCACUUAGAGCAGGGACCCCAAGGUUCCCAGAUUUUCUCAGCUACUCCCCCCUACCCAAGUUGUCUCUCCUAGGUGGGAAUUUUCACUCUUUUGUUGUCAGGUUGUUUGGGGGGCAGAGCUGGUGCUGCUGGGAAUGAGGCCAGCUCUGGGAUUUGGCCAGUCCCAUGGGCAAGACUCUUGUGAGAGGCUGGAGCAACUUGCUGUGGCAUUACCUGUGGCUACUCCUAGACUGAUGGGAAUGAGGGUCCCUGUUGUGAUGUCAGUGAGUCAAGACUUUCUGGGGUGCUUCUUGGCACUCCUUAUAAUAUCACAAGGAAGCAGUCCCCCAAAGGCUACUUUCUUGUUAUAAGAGAAACAGGUAUUUCCUCUGAUGUCUCAAUCAGCCUUUUCCUGAAGGUCACUUUGGUGAUAUUAUAGGGACAUGUACUUCCUGGGGUGACUGUAGGUCACUUCCUGUGAUGUCAUUAGGAUGAAGCAUGUACUUCCUGUAUUGGACAUGGCCAGUCCCUGAUCCUCCCUCUCCACCCACUCCCUUCUUUGGUGGGUGUUGGCCUGGAGGUCCUCCCAGGGAAAGAAUAAAUGUCAGGACUUGGAUCCAAUCUGGAGGACUCUAAGGGAAAACACCCCAUACUGUCAGGGUCAUCUCUAUCCAAACACACCAAGUCUGUGCACUUGCCCUGUCAGUGAGGGGUAGGAGAUGGAGUUAGUGAAAAAUACCCUUAAGACCCCCACUAUCCCCAUCCCCACCUUUUGUGUGCAUGCCUGUGUCUGCGUGGCUUUGUUUCAUUGAAUUGGGUGAGCCAAAUGCGUGGUGGCUCUGUCAGGCCAGUGUGACCCAGUGUAGAGUUCAGUGAGCCAUGGUUGGGUCCCUUGGGCUGGAAUGCUUCAGUGCUCUGAUAGAUGAGAUUGGCAUGGUGGCUUCCGGCAAGCUGCCAAACUUUGGUGGUAUCUGAUGGUUUAGAAUGCUUUGGUGCACUCACUGUGGGCUCUGAAGAACUAGAAUGUUCUGACGAAGUCUGACAAGCCAAGCAACCCUAAAAGUUGGUUUGGGAGUGGCUCCCUGAGCACUGUGACUAUGGUUAGCACUAAAGACCUAAUGACAGACUGAGAUUUCAGGCCUGACAACCCUAUAGGCUUGGAUAACUGAGAGACACCUCUACCCCAUCCAUUUCCCACUCUCCCUUGGAGACCACUUCCACUUUCUCCAACCCAAAGCAGGGCCCACAGUGCCCUGGUUCCAUCAUCAGCAUCUCUGGGGGAAGGGUACCCCAUGCCCCCAUGUCCCCCUCCUAGGUCUUCCAGACCCUCCUCUAUGGCUUUGGGGGAAUCCAGCCCCUUGUCUCUCUCCUAAAUAAGGAGGGAAGAAAAGCCACAGAGACAAUUCCUGCCCCUAAAGCCUGGGAGACCCCCCCUUGCUAGAGAGAGACACCCCCAAAUAAAAAUGUGAAAAUCCCUAGAAAGCAAUAGCCUUCAAGGUACCUUGCACUGAAUUUCCCUUCCACCCUACGGGAGGCUGUAGCUUGGGCACUGGGGUGACUUUUUCAAUGCCCUUGUCAUCUCCAGAGUGGGGGACAGGUCCCAUUUCCCCCUCUCCCAUUCCCCACCUCCCGUCGCUGCUGCCCCCGCCCCUAAUCUCCAGACUGAACCCAGAUGGAGAUCUGAGUGCCAAAACAAUUCUUGAUGUAAUUUUGUACAUAUCUUCCACAGUUGAGACUCUUGGGGUUGGAGAUGGGAGAGGUUGUGUGGGCCCUUGCUCCCCUCCACCUCUCAAAAGACUUUACGGUAUUUCACAGUAUCUCCACCCACAAGUGGGUAUUACAGUAUUUAGCUGGAAUAUCCAUCCCCCUGCAAGUCCCCAGUGCCCCAUAAGGUGGGGAAGGAGCCAGGGAGAGGUGUAGUGAGGUCAGUGAGUGGGGCAUGAAAAUUUCAUUUGCAUAUCAUUUGCAUCCUGAGCUUGGCAGCAGCUUUCUGACUUUCAUAAGCCCCUUUGCUGAGUCUGGGUCCCAAAUCAGCUGGGUCCAGUACUCAUCUCACACAGACACCUCUCUGGAGGCUGGGCCUCCUGAAAAAUGUUCCCUUGGGGUGUCUGUGUGACAACCCUUCCCUAUUCACAGUUCUCGGGGACCCUCCCUACCCCGCCAGCCAGGGCUGUCUGAAAAGUAGUUCGCUAGCUUAGUGAGCUAGUUCACUCACCGUGAUGGUGAGUGGAGAGUCACGCACCUUUCCCCUGUUUUACCCUGAGAAACUCACUCCAUCUUCAACAUCCCUUGGAAGUCCCUUCUGCAAUCUGACCUCAAUCUUUUGUGCUGCAGUUUGUCCAGAAGGGACCUAGAUGUGGGGUUGGGGGUGGAGAUUAUUAACCCAUCACCUUUUUUUUCUUCUCUCCUUGUUAGCCACUCAGGUCUUAGAGACUCUGAGUGGCCUCCUUACCCCCUGCUCUUCAGCACCCAGUAGGUGCUUAAUAAGUGUUUUGCUGCAUUCAAUUGUCUCCCUAUUCCUUCUCAUUUGCCCUCCAGCUUCCAUAACUUCCCCAUGUAUUUUCCUCUCAUUUUCUUUCUCUGGCUCCCUAUGGCUUUCUAUUUGUCUUCCCAUAGCUCCCACUGUUACCUGUCCUGUCUCAAUCUUUGUCUAUGUCCUCUUCUCAACUUGCUCAACUCUCUCUCUCCAAUUUCCCCAUUUAAAUACAAAAAAGUGCCAAACUUCUUUGGAACUGAGCCGCUCUGGGGGGAGAGGACCUUAGAGGGGAGGAACUGGGACCAUCUCUCCUUGAGGAGGCCCCUAGAGGCAUUGAAAAAAAGUCUGUGGACUUGGAGCUAAAUUAGGUCCCCCUUCCUCAACCCCUCUGCCCUGAGUUUUUCUUAGAAUCUUUGUAAGAAAAAAAAAAAAAAGACAGAAAAAAACUCUCCUUUUCAGCUAACCCCUACCCUUUUGGAUCCCCAAAUUCCACCAGCCAGAAAGAACCCCACUUGCUUUCUUUCAGGCAAAUCUAUGGAAAUUGGGGAGGCAGAGACAAGUUCAACUCCUUCUCUGCUGGCCCAAGGGGUAGUACCACCUGGAUGCAAGAGAAGGACAUCAAAGCACUUACGAGAACAAGGGGUUCAAUGUGCCAAAUUCACCUCCUUCAUCCCCCAUCUCAGGGGGCUCUGAGCCAACCUGCCUAGCCACCUUCUUCUGCCCUGUCUCAGCCAUCUGUACAUGGGCAAGGAGGCUUCACUGCAAUAAUUAGGAGGGGUGGGGAUCGAAUGCAAUGAUUUUUCCAUCUUUAUAUCUGUUCUAACACCUGCGCUGGACUUGUAGGUGGGAAUUAGGAGUAUCCCAGAUGGAGCUUUGUAAGAGUGGUUGGGAACCUAUGCUUGGAACAAUACAGUACCACUUACCCUGAAUGGUAUUUCUUCUCCCGUCUUGACCACCAAACCCCUCAAUAUCCCCUUGUUUGGUUUCUCCUGCCUAUUCCUCCAUUCUGCACCCUCUUUCUUACUUUGUUUCUGAUUGGUGGCCAACUGUUUGGAAAAUGAGAAGAGUUCCCCUGCGUUGAUAUUGCUGUUUCAAGACGAGGAUAAGAGGUUGUGAGACAGAGUGGUGGCAAAAGUUAUUAACAAGGGUGGCAAUGAGAACUGCAGUUUGGGCAUCCAGGCUGCUGAUGGCGUGCACACCUGUCCUGACAGCCAGGUGGGCCUUCCCUGUUUGCCACAUAUGUGCUGCGCCAUCCAGAACCAAGGCUGGCUGUUUCGAAAGCUCCAAUCGGAUGGCACUGUGGGGAGAAUGGGAUCGUGAUAUCCAAGUUCGGGCACAGCAAUCUGGGGACACUGGUAUGCUGGAGUCACAGCACCCAGGCCUGCUAUCACGAUCCAAUUCCACUGCAGUCUCAAGGCCCUGGGGGAGGGGGCUUCUCUCCUUGGCGCCGUGGCUGGUGUGUAUUGUCAGUCUCAGUGUUCUCUCCCUCUCUCCAGUCGCCUUGGGGACUGCUGGAUGGCAGGGUGGGAAAUGGGAAAAGAAUCUGUCCGGGGUAGUUAGUGGUGAAGGCUGCUGGUUUUUAAUCCCUUCUCAGCCAGUCCAGGACAUUCUUUGUCUCCCAGAGAUAAUUGGGGGGAACCGCCUAAACCCCCUCCCACACCCCUUUUACCCACCCCACCCCACCCCCAAACCACAAACCUCUCAUCUUCUAAGUGACUCCAUCACCACUGGCCACCAGGACCUGCGGCCUCAUUGCUCCAGCCCGCCCCACUCGACCGUCAGACUCGCUCAUCGAACUCUUUUUGAUUAACCCUUUCUGUGUUCAUCCCACGGAAAACUGUGUGUCCGGCAGGGGGGAGGGGGGAGGCUAGGGGCAGUUGCUGCCUUUCCUCCAUCUCCUCCCACCGCCCAUGCCUCCCCACCCGCACCCCAUCCCAUGCCCCACCCCCAUCCCUCACCCCUAGGGGCCGCCCAGCCCAGGGGAUAGAGAUCCUCUAUAAGUACCUAUGCUGUUUGGCUUUGUCCCUUUAAAAGGCGGGUCCAGGGGAGGUGGCCUCCCUCAAGAGGAGCUGCUUAUUCUGGCCCCAUUCCUCCCUGUGCCCCCCACACACUCCCCACGCCUUCAUUGUAAAUAGUCACUUUUCUACUGGGUUUGAGCCAGGGGACGUGGGGAGUCAUUUUUUUUUCUUUGUGUUGGCAUCUCAGGCCACUGGAGGCAUGGCCCACAUCCCUUUUCAAUUUGGGAGAAUCUCAAAGUAUGUGUCCCCUCCCCGACCCGGAAUGCUAAGGAUUUCAAGGUAUCAGUAUUACUCCUAGAAGGAUGGGGUGCAUAGAACCCCCAACAGGGAGGUAGGAGAGGCGUGGAAAGGUGUUGUCUAGCAGGGUGCCUCAGUUUUUCCCAUCUGUGAAAUGGGUUCAUUCUCCCAAGUUCACUGCAGAGCCUCAGUGAGAUAAUGGUGAAGCCAAAGGAGUUAGAAUCUCUCUUCCCUAUUUCUCUGCUGUUGACAGAUAGGGUAGGAAAAGAAUGGGAGUGGAGGAGGCUGCAGGGCUGUCUCUGGAGAACCAAUUGGUAAGUCCAUAGGACUUUAAGGGAGCCUCCCCCUGGCUUUUUUCUCUUGGAAAAUGGGGAUACUGGAGGACCUCUAAGGUACCUUGGUUCUCCUCACUCCUUAGAUUAAAAGACUCAAGCCCCAGGCUGGCCCCUGCCUGUCCUACAACGCCCCAGCAUUCCAUUUCUUGGAAUGUGGCCAUGCCUCCAGUGCCUCCAUUCAACCCCUUCUAACUGAUUCCUUCCAUCCUCUGCGACCAGAGACGCCGCCCACCUCCUCCCACCACCUUCAGAAGCUCCUGGCUGGGGCCCACUGCCGUAUCCUCCCCUCUCCCCCCAUUGCCAUGCCUGGGCCGUGCCCACCCUACCCACUCACCCACCCCCAGUGUCCGUCGUGUGACCUAGUGCACCAUGUAUUAGCUUCCAUGGCCCCCACUCCAGCCCCCACCACACCCCCUUUCCCUAGCCUUUCUCCCUCGGCGACUUCACCUUUUUUUGCCGCGAUAAACGCCAUCUCAGCA